AAUUGGUACAGUUCACUUUUAUAGUAGCCGCCUAUGUUUACUACAUUGAUUGCUAAAGGGACCUCACCUCAUAUGCUUAAUCUUAUAAAGGCAAUUGAAUGUUUGGUGGCUUAAGUACAGUUUGUAGUGAGUGAACAUGGGAUCUAGAAUGGGUUUACCUUAUUGUCUUCAUCUUCUCUUCCUUUCAUGGUUUCUUUCUGCUCAUGUCUUCUGUUUGUUAGCCGUAGCGCAAAGAUCCACUUACAUUGUCCAUUUGGACAAAUCCUUAAUGCCUAAUAUCUUUGCUGAUCACCAUCAUUGGCAUUCUUCCACUAUUGAUUCCAUUAAAGCUACUGUUCCUUCAUCAGUAGACAGAUUCCACUCUGCUCCAAAACUUGUUUACUCUUAUGACAGUGUGAUUCAUGGCUUCAGUGCUGUUUUGUCCCAAGAUGAACUUGAAGCUUUGAAGAGUUACCAGGUUCGUUUCAGCAUACAAAGAUACAACUGUUGGAACCUCACUACACCUUACACAUCUGAUUUCCUCAAGCUCAAUCCUUCAUCUGGUCUAUGGCCAGCUUCUGGAUUAGGCCAAGAUGUGAUCAUUGGUGUUCUUGACUCUGGCAUCUGGCCUGAAUCUGCGAGUUUUCGAGAUGAUGGUAUGCCUGAAGUCCCCAAAAGGUGGAAAGGAAUUUGCAAGCCCGGCACACAGUUUAACACUUCAUUGUGCAACAGAAAACUUAUUGGGGCUAAUUACUUCAAUAAGGGAAUUUUGGCUAAUGAUCCCACUGUGAACAUUUCCAUGAAUUCUGCAAGGGAUACUGAUGGUCAUGGCACACACGUUGCUUCCAUUGCUGCUGGGAAUUUUGCCAAAGGUGUUUCCCAUUUUGGAUAUGCACCAGGAACAGCAAAAGGAGUCGCUCCACGAGCUAGGCUAGCUGUGUACAAGUUUAGAUUUGAUGAAGGACUUUUUACAUCAGAUUUAGUUGCUGCUAUGGACCAAGCUGUGGCAGACGGUGUUGAUAUAAUAUCCAUUUCUUAUGGGUUCCGUUUCAUUCCCUUGUAUGAAGAUGCGAUAUCUAUUGCUUCUUUUGGAGCUAUGAUGAAGGGAGUGCUAGUUUCAGCUUCAGCUGGAAAUCGAGGUCCAAGCAUGGGAAGUUUAGGCAACGGAUCUCCAUGGAUCUUGUGCGUGGCAUCAGGCUACACCGACCGAACAUUUGCAGGAACUUUGACUUUGGGCAAUGGCUUACAAAUUAGGGGGUGGAGCUUGUUUCCUGCAAGAGCCUUUGUCAGGGAUUCACCGGUGAUUUACAACAAGACUCUAGCCGCUUGCAAUUCAGACGAGUUGUUAUCACAAGUACCUGAACCCGAAAGUACCAUCAUCAUAUGCGAUGAUAGUAAUGGUAAUAAUUGGGAUUUGUCCAGUCAAUUUUUUUACGUCACUCGAGCAAGACUUCGGGCAGUCAUCUUUAUCUCUCAGGAUCCACGAGUGUUCAGGUCCGCUUCUUUUUCCAAUCCUGGAGUUGUGAUUGACAAAAAGAAAGGGAAACAAGUCAUCAAUUAUGUAAAAAGCAGUGUUUCUCCCACGGCCACCAUCACGUUCCAAGAAACGUACGUGGAU